UCGCCGGCAGGAUCAAAUCACCGUCACCGCCGCAUUACCUGGGCACAACCGCAACACCGAAAACAGGCAGGCAUCACAAAUCCUACUCACCAGUGCAUUUUAUCCCGUGCGUUGCUUUUGUCACGUUGCUAAGUGAUUUUGUGACCGGUGUGGCAAACAGGCUGCAGAAACGGAUACAUCAGCGCAUUAUCAAGCAUGGCAUCAUCCUCACAGCUGAAGGUUCUUUCGCCGAGCGUCCACUAUACGGACGAACAUAUUGAAGUGGACUACCAGUAUCAAACGACAACGGUGGUUAGCAGCGGCCCAAGCGGAUACACGGUGAAACCUGAAACUACGGAGUUGAACAUCCGCACCGGGCGCAAUGUGCCGCGGAUGGGGUUGAUGCUGGUCGGCUGGGGUGGCAACAAUGGUUCGACGUUAACCGCCGCCCUGGAGGCAAACAAACGCAGCCUGGAAUGGCGUACCCGGCACGGCACCCAGAAGGCCAACUGGUACGGUUCGAUCACACAGUCGUCCACGGUGCUGCUCGGUUCCGAUGCGACCGGCCAGGAUGUGUACAUUCCGAUGAACGAGCUCGUGCCGAUGGUGAACCCGAACGAUAUCGUUGUCGAUGGGUGGGACAUCAGCUCGUUGCACAUUGGCGAUGCGAUGAAGCGAGCGCAGGUGCUCGAGGUGGAACUGCAGGAUCAGGUGUACAAACGGUUGUCGCAGCUGCGCCCACGGCCAUCGAUCUACGAUCCGGAUUUUAUUGCCGCCAACCAGGCGGAGCGUGCAGAUAACACGAUUCAGGGCACACGCUACGAGCAGUACCAGCAGAUCGUGAAGGAUAUCCGCGAGUUUAAGCAGCAGUCCGGCGUGGACAAGGUGGUCAUUCUAUGGACGGCCAAUACGGAGCGGUUUGCUGAGGUGAAGGAAGGCCUGAACACCACCAUGGCUGAUUUGGAGCGUUCGCUGAAGCAGAACCACACGGAGAUCUCUCCUUCGACGAUCUUCGCCAUGGCCGCCAUCGCGGAGAAUUGUAUCUAUAUCAACGGAUCCCCACAAAACACGUUUGUGCCCGGUGUGAUCGAGAUGGCGGAGCACUAUGGGGCAUUUAUCGCUGGUGAUGAUUUUAAAUCGGGACAAACGAAGCUAAAAUCCGUGCUGGUAGAUUUUCUCGUAUCGGCCGGCAUCAAGCCCGUCUCGAUCGUCAGUUAUAAUCAUCUGGGUAACAACGAUGGCAAGAAUCUCUCGGCCCCGCAGCAGUUCCGCUCGAAGGAGAUCUCCAAGAGCAACGUGGUGGACGAUAUGGUUGCAUCCAAUCACAUUCUGUACGGUGCGGACGAGCAUCCGGAUCACUGCGUCGUGAUCAAGUACGUGCCGUACGUUGGCGAUAGCAAGCGUGCGAUGGACGAGUACACGAGCCAGAUCAUGCUCGGUGGUCACAACACGCUGGUCAUUCAUAACACCUGCGAGGAUUCGCUUCUGGCCACACCGCUCAUUCUCGAUUUGGCCAUUUUGGGCGAGCUCUGUUCGCGCAUUCAGAUUCGCCGCAAGGAGCCGGCGGGUGGAGAGUUUGUCCCGUUCCGGUCGGUACUUUCGCUGCUGAGCUAUCUGUGCAAGGCACCGUUGGUACCGCAGGGCACACCGGUCGUUAAUUCGCUCUUCCGUCAGCGGACGGCAAUCGAGAAUAUUUUGCGCGCCUGUGUCGGUCUGCCACCGUUGAGUCAUAUGACGCUGGAGCACCGUUUUGAUUUGCCGAUCGGCGAGCGCCAGUCGGAGGGUGGUCAACACAUUGCCAAGAAGGCACGCGUUAAUGGUGCGACACCGUUUGCGAACGGUAGCAGCGAGAAAUGUAACGGUGUGCAUAAUGGAGAUGCUCAUUCCUCGGAGAAAGUUAGCAGUCACUAAUAUUGAGUUGAUGAAUGAUUUUCGGUUGGACACUCCCAUGCACCGUGCCUGCAUGGAUAUGUCUUUAAUUCCCACCCUACGAUCCAAUGGUUUCCCCCGUAACAAGAACCCGGUAUUGAAUUGAUCUAUGCAUGCAUGGUAUAGAGCUUCUAAUGAAUUAACGAUCGUGUAUUCGCUUUUAGAAGACAUUAUGUUUCACUGAUGCUAUUCUCACAUUUUUUUUCGGCCUUGAAGCAAGUAUUGUAUUGACCAUACUUCCGAAACGGGACUGUCUUGUAAUGUUAAAGGCAUAGAACUGAACACAGGCAGCAAAUAACGACAACAAACAGACAAACGAAAAGGAUACAAAAUUCUUAUAGAACAGUAAUUACCCUGUUCCCUUUUCCCGGAUGUUUAUCCAGUUUAGUGUUAAGGAUUCGUAAACAUAUAUACAAUGUAAGCGUUUAUGGAAAAAGAAUAAAACUACACGUUAGAAUGUGA